UUGACAUUUCGUCUUUACGAAUCGCGUCGUUUGUGUCUAGUGUGUCUACUCGUGGUCGUUAUCGUUGUUGUUUUUUUUUAUUUGAAUCUCAAAUCAGAAAUCAGUCUACUGGUGUUGUGACUGGUGUAUACGUAAUUUGGAGUUUUCAGAGUAAACGAUUUUUGCUACGUACGCGAUUUUAAUAGUUCCGUUAAAAUGUCAGGUGUAGAAACCCAAGACAAUGCUAAUGCUGAUACAGAACAAAGGACUAACGGAGGAAAUGAUGAAGGAGAUGCUUGGGGAAGUCAUGAUUCUUCAUCAGAGCGCCGUUAUGCAAGAAUGCCUGUGGAUAGAAACGCUCCAUUUUACAACAUGAACCACAAACAUCGUGGGAUGGCAAUCAUUUUUAAUCAUGAACACUUCGAUAUCCACAGCCUUAAGUCUCGCACUGGAACAAACGUCGAUAGCGAUAAUCUUUCCAGAGUGCUGAAAGGAUUGGGCUUCCGUGUAACGGUAUUAAACAACCUUAAAUCUGAAGACGUAAAUAGAUACCUACAACAAACAGCAGAAAUGGAUCAUACCGAUAAUGAUUGCUUGCUUAUAACAGUGUUGACUCACGGAGAGUUGGGCAUGCUUUAUGCCAAGGAUACGCACUAUAAACCAGAUAGGUUGUGGUACUAUUUCACUGCAGAUAAAUGUCCAACAUUGGCAGGUAAACCAAAAUUAUUUUUCAUCCAAGCUUGCCAAGGGGAUAAGUUGGAUGGAGGAAUUACUCUCUCCAGUAGAUCUGAAACAGAUGGGCUGGCAAGUGCAUCAUAUAGAAUUCCUAUUCACGCUGAUUUCUUGAUAGUAUUUUCAACUGUUCCUGGAUUUUAUUCGUGGAGGAAUACAACUCGUGGUUCUUGGUUUAUGCAAGCACUUUGUGAAGAGUUGCGUUAUUCAGGAACUGAAAGAGACAUUCUCACUCUCUUGACCUUUGUUUGUCAGAAAGUGGCACUGGAUUAUGAAUCUAAUACACCAGAUAUGUUAACAAUGCACCAACAAAAACAAGUACCAUGCAUAACUAGCAUGCUCACCCGCUUACUAGUUUUUGGAAAGAAAUAAGAACAUUAUUUCUACUUUUAUUGUUAUUAGGUACUAAUACCUCUUUUUUAUUUGUAAUUUUUUUACAUUUCCUUUAUUUUUAAUAGUAGGUAUUGUGAACACUAGAUUUGUCUAAUCUAAGAUGUGUUAAAGUGCAGUCUCAACUAUUUAGUUUUUAUAUUUUUAUAAAACCAGUUUUAUUAUAAAAAUAAUAAUUAAGGAUACUCAUUUAUAUGAAGUAACUAACUGAUUGAAAAUGUUUUUUACUACAUAAAGAAAAGCAACGAUGUAAUUUUAAAAUACAUAAUUCUAGAUCUUAUUAAUUGUAAGUAAAUAAAUCUUUUAUGCUCAAAUAUUGU